CGACUUGGGACGAACGACUGAUUCCAAGGCGUGCCGCUGGAAUCGAGUUUGAACAGUGUGGUGGUUGGGCAGGAGGAGACGAGAUGGCUCCGCCGGUUGGCUGCCUGAAUGAAACCUCUCACCUUGCCCCAUAGCGACUUUCAGUGGGAGAGGAUUUGAAUUUGCCUUCACUGCUGAUGAUAAAUAAUAUUUUGGAUAUAUGAUAUACCAGUUUGCACUUUGCAGUUUAAUUAAUAAUUAGCUAAUGGUGGUGGGUAAUUAUAAAAUGUGGAUCUCACUUAUCUUUGGCCAAUAGGAUUACUUCACCUUUGAACUUAUGUCAUCUUUACUUGGCAUAAUUUACAAGAUUAAAACGCAUUUGUUCAAGCUUAAAGUCCCCAAUGUUUUUGUCAGUUCACAGUGGAGUGACAGUUGUUGUUGUAGUACAUAACGUAAUGAUUAACUUUGCUAAAUUUUUGUGCAGCACAGCCAGCCAUUAAUACAGUCACAAAAUAAGAAUCUAGUCAUCCGAGAACAAAUUAAAUAGUCGGAAUUUUGUGAAAUUUAUUUGUAUCAUCAUAAUUAUAAGCAACUUCUGAAGUAGUGCUCCACUUUUGCGAAAAUGGCAGCUCCAUUAAAGCCAUGGGAAGUUGCUAUGAGUGGAAGUAUUCCUAACGGAUCCAUCCCUUACGUGCCCAAUAAUACCACAGGCAGGCUACACAGUUCGGCUCUUCCUUAUCCUGGUACGACGACUGGUGGUGGUGGUGGAAUUGCUUCACAACAAAUUCCUUCGACACUUCCUCCUCCAUUACCACCCAGAGUUGGUCAAACUCGUCCUCUAUACUCUGCAUAUAACCGCUCAUCGAUAAUGCCAUACUCGGCGACAUAUGGCGGUGGCUAUAGUGGCCCCUACGGAUCGGGAGGCUUAUACAGUAGCCCAUACAAUUCUUAUUCAAACUAUGGUUCUUCCUAUGGGAUGAACCCUUACGGCAAUCGUCCCUUUGGUGGUUAUGGCCAACUUGAAGAUCCAUCGUUUAGUCAAAUGGCUGAAGAAUCCGCAUCCCCAGCUUUCCAGUCUAUUGAGUCAUUUGUUGGCGCAUUUUGCUCGGUCAGUGCAAUGUUGGAGUCUACGUUUCAUGCUCUCUACUCUUCAUUUCGAGCUGUGAUUGGCGUGGCAGACCAUUUGGGACGAGUGAAGCAAAUCUUGUCGGCAUUAACGAUAUUCAAGUUUUUCAAGUGGGUGUUCCGACGAUUUCUAUACUUAAUUGGGAUCUCCAAAAUCAAACCAGCCGAUGUUGAGUCGUUGUGGAAUAACUUAUCUUCAGACACAUCAUCUUCUUCUGGUGACGCACUAGAAGUGCUACAGUCCUCAGUGAACAAACCAUCAUCUUGGCCAAUUCUCAUGUUCUUGGGUUUCAUAUUUGCUGGGCCAUAUGUGAUGUGGAAGCUGGUGAAGUCCUUAAAUUUCGACCCUUCUGAGAAAGACAAAAGAAAAUGGGCAACCGGAGAGUCUGAACAUUUUAUUGCUAUUUGUGAAUAUCAGUUUGUACCAAUGGGUGACCGAGAAUUAGAAUUGAAGCCAGGCCAAGUCAUUCGUCUAGCUCCAUCAAAAUUUCAGCCUGCAAACGUGAAAGGAUGGGUAUUGGCUUCUGAUGGACAGAAAAUUGGCCUUGUUCCCACAAACUAUAUAAAAAUAAAGGGAAAAAAGUCGCGAGAUCAAUUUCCCUUGAAUCAACCUCAACUUCUGUUCUCACAACCAAACUCGGUCGUGGCAUCACCAGAAAAGCGACAAAGUCAUCACCAACGGGAAAAUGUUAAUAAAAUUGACGGAAAUUGCACGUCAGAGAGUUCUUCUUUUGCCUCUGGAGGAGCAACAGCCGAUUCCGCAAUAUCUUCAGAUGAUGACACCGAUACACUCGUGGGAGAACCGAUUGAUGAAUAAAAUAAGAAUCAGCACAACGAAGUAACAAAUUAAGCUUUGAAAUCCAAUAUAUUCCAUUUCCACUUGCAUGCUUUCAUCUAAUUUAAGUUGUAUAAUUUAUACUCAACCAACAGUCAGAAUGCAUACGCUGUUAAACCACAUGGUAAAUUUUUCGCUAAACUCCUACCUUGUUACAUGAACCUCUAGUCAAUAGUAAAUUUUAAGCAUAAUGAUUUGUUUUAUGAAGUUGUGUGUCAUAUUUGUUUCAGUAAUCCAGUAAUAACAAUAUGCCAUAAUAUUACGUGAUUUAUCAUGAAAGAGAAACCAAUGAUUGAUUGAGCAAAUAAAGUGAGUUUUAAAAAAGGA